UUUGUGCGGACAGACCGUAAGAAACAGGAGGAGAUACCGAGAGAAGGAGCGACUCCGGCACCGAUAGCAGCCGCUCCGGGAACCGCCGGGGGAAAAGAGCGGCGAAAUCGUGUCCGUGUUAUCCAGAGGGGGGGAAGAGAAAGCUUAACCAAAAAGAUAAGACGUCAAGGGGGGAAACCGAGUCGGCGAUAUAUCUGUUUUAAAAAAGGAAAUACUCUGAAAAAAAUCCAAGGAAGGGGUGUUUUGCGGAGCGCAGACGGAGAGGAGAGGCGGAAGAGGGCAAUAUAUUACACCGAAGGAAAAACCUGCGAAAGGGAAAAACAUGAACACGAAAAAUCAUUAUGUGCCCAUCGCGGAGGAAGGAAAGAGCCCGCAUAGACAAUUAUAUAAAUAAAUUGCUACCGGGCAUCAGGGAGAGGUGGAAAGAAGAAAGACGGGUUUAAAGAGAGGGGAAAAUUGCCAGGAUAAAAACGCGAAGGGGGGCAUUCUCCAUCACAAAGAGUCAAUGAAAGGAUUUUGUGAGCCCAAAAUAUUUUGGGGGGUGUCAUCGUUAUCUCGCCGAUCCGAGACUUUCCGCUUGUGAAAGAGCCAUAAUUUUUUUUUUAGUCAAUUUAUCUCAUUUUCGCCCAUCGCCGUAUUCUCUUGUUUUUGGUUGGGAUCUUUUUCCCCCUUUGCUGCUGCUGCUUCUUCGCUUGCAUGGCCAUGAUAUCCGUAUACGCAGUGAGUGACAGAUAAUUUUUUUUUUUUUUUUCAAUAUUUAUGAAGCAUUUUAUUUUCCGAGAAGAUUUACAGUGUUAUCACCCUGGAGAAACCUGGAGGAGGGAUCUGUUGAGAGAGGCACAGGAUAAGUCACCCCCCGGAUCGUUCUCUGCAAAAUAAAAACUAAUUGGAUCAAUCCGACUGUCCGCUGAUUGGCAAUUAGCUCUUUGAUAACCUUUUAAGAACUAUACUGGCAAAGACUAAAUUAACCAGAAUCUGUUGGCAAGCAGUCUGCAGACAAGCAGGGAUUUUGACAAGAUUUUUUUUUUUUCCCAUUUUUUUUCUCUUCUCAACCAUUGCCAACCCCACUGGCUGCAAUAAGGCAUACUCGCGCAAAGGCUUGCAACAACCAAAUGUGCAAUAUGAGUCCGUUAUUUUUGACCCAGUGCCUUGCAUGGUCAGAUGUACACACCAAGUGCACAAUUUCGUCGGCAUGCACAUGUUAAAGGAAAACUCAACCAGAUGCAUGGAAAUAUGAAUUUGCAAUAGAUUUCCUUCUCAACUCAGUUGCUGCAAGUGGGACUCCCGUGUGUUCAUCCUCCUACAGAACUGUAUUAUCACUAUUUAUUCAGCCAGUCGAUGCAAGUUUUUUUUUUUAGUCUUGUCUCAGUAUUGCACUUGAGAUUGCCAUCCAUGCUUUAAUUGCAUUUGUAACCACUGUCAGCGACCGUGAAGGAUCAACACACCGCCAGUUGACUGCCUUUAUCGUAUUGGUAAUGUUAGGGAUCGAUAGCAUUGACGGUGGUGAGAUUUCAGAUCAGGUGGCUGAAAGGAUAAAUGCUGUCGAGGCUCUUGUAACUGUUGCAUGAGAGAAGGGCCCCAAAAAGUUACCACAGGGGCAUGCUUGGCCUGCGGUUUUACGUCGCAUUUAUCAUUUUCGUGCCCUAGCCGAGACACUUCACUUGGAAGCGCUACAGACCUGAAAUACCGGAUUUCUCCGCCGACUAUGGCGGACAAGACUGAUCGUACCAUGGAGGACAGAUCUUGGGACAAUUUUUGUGUCGCAGAAGAGGCUACAUGAGGUUGUCGGAGGCCCGUUCGCUUGUCUUUUUUGCCGACUCCACCUUCCCACCUCCUCCUGUUCAACUCGGAGAAAUCUGUGAAGAAACAAAAUCUCCGACAGGGGAGGGGGGUUGAUAUCUGCAGAGAGGAAUAAACCGAGAGUGGGAACUCUGAAGGAAGGAGUUCAACAUUGCUGUCUUUUCCCCCUGCCGUCCACCCAAGCGGUGGGGGAAGAAUAAAAAAACACUUCAGGAGGAAUAAGGAGACGCAAAUAAAGGGGGGAAACAAUUGCCCUGCGUGGAUCUACAGCAUUUUUUUAAUUCGUCAAAAAUAUGGCCGAUAAUGUCCUGGAGUCCGGCCCGCCUUCAGCCAAGAGGCCCAAGCUGUCCUCUCCAGCUCUCUCAGUAUCUGCCAGUGAUGGAAACGAUUUUUGUUCACUCUUCGACCUGGAGCAUGACCUCCCAGAUGAGCUCAUCAACUCAUCGGAGCUGGGGCUGGUCAAUGGAGGGGACCUCAACCAGCUCCAUACCAGCCUUGUCGGAGUCGGAGGAGGGAUGGGAGGGAUGGGUGUGGGAGGAGGCCAAGACGCGGCUGCCAAACACAAACAGCUCUCCGAGCUCCUCCGCGCCGGAGCGCCGCCCCAACCAGGUGGUCCCACUCCCAACAGCACAGGAGCUGGGGCCUCCAUGGGAAUGAUGGGGAGCGUGAAUGUUUCCCCAGGUGGACCUCAAGGCAUGGGACCCCAGGGACAGCAGCAACAGCCGCAGGCUGGAAUGAUGCAGCAGGUGGGGAUGGUUGGUGGGGUGGCAGGGCUGAAUCGGGCGGCUGCCAUGAUGGGUGCCCAGAAGGGCAACAGUGGACAGCAAAGCCUGAUGGGAGGGCAGGUGAUGAACGGUUCACCCAGGAUGAGUUACCCUGGCAAUGCAGGAAUGGGUAACAAUAGUAACCUGUUGGCGGAGACGCUACAGCAGCAGCAGGGGGGUCAGCAGAUGGGACCUGGGGGUCAGGCUGGAAUGAGGCCACAGCAACCUGGAGCACUGAACAAGAUGAAUAUGAUGGCCAACACGGGCCCCUAUGGUGGUCCGUUCGGUCAGCCUGGCAGCCAGGGGCUAGCUGGGGCAGGGCUGGGCCCGCAGCUCCAGAACAAGGCAGGUCUGCCCAAUAACCUGGCUGCCCAGUUCAACAUGGACAAGAAGACGCUGCCGGGUCAAGGCAUGCCUGGCAUGGCGUCCCAGCAGCAGCAGCAGCAGCAGCAGCAGCAGCCACCUGCAGCAGUGGGCGGUGUGUCGGUGGGCGGGGCAGCAGCAGUGGGAGGAGCCCAGGUCGGGCUUGGCGCCGUAGGGGCAGGUCCCGGCGCAGCGCCCCCUACGGCAGACCCUGAGAAGCGGAAGCUGAUUCAGCAGCAGCUGGUGCUCUUGCUGCACGCGCACAAGUGCCAGCGCAGGGAGCAGGCCAACGGGGAGGUGCGGCAGUGCAACCUGCCCCACUGCCGCACCAUGAAGAACGUGCUCAACCACAUGACUCACUGCCAGGCUGGCAAGUCCUGCCAGGUGGCACACUGUGCCUCAUCCAGACAGAUCAUCUCUCAUUGGAAGAAUUGCACGCGACACGACUGUCCCGUCUGCCUGCCGCUGAAGAACGCCGGAGACAAGAGGAACCAGCAAUCUCUCCUCAGCAGUGCAGGGGUGAGCCUGGUCAACUCUUUAGGUUCAGGGGUUCCAGGGGGGCAGCCCAACACCCCAAACCUGAACCCUCCCAACCAGAUUGACCCCAGCUCCAUAGAGAGGGCCUACGCCGCCCUGGGCCUCACCUACCAGGGCAACCAGAUGCCACAACAACCUCCACAGGCCAACAUGCCCAACCAGAGCCUGCAGGGCCAGCCUGGUAUAAGGACCCUGAACACCAUGGGUGGAAACCCCAUGGGAGUGAAUGGCGGAGUCGGGGUGCAGCCCCCCAACCAGCAGUCAAACCUACUCCCAGACGCCAUGUUGCACAACAGCAUGAACGCACAGAGUUUGAUGAACGACGGUGUGGGAAACCUGGGCUCCAUGCCUACAGCAACCCCUCCCUCGGCAGCCGGCAUGAGGAAGUCUUGGCAUGAAGACAUCACACAGGACCUCCGCAACCAUCUCGUCCACAAGCUCGUGCAAGCCAUUUUCCCCACUCCAGACCCAGCUGCACUGAAGGACCGGAGGAUGGAGAAUUUGGUAGCUUAUGCUCGAAAAGUAGAAGGGGACAUGUACGAGUCAGCCAACAGCAGGGCGGAGUACUACCACCUGCUGGCAGAGAAGAUCUAUAAGAUCCAGAAGGAACUGGAGGAGAAGAGGAGGACACGGCUCCAGAAGCAGGGCAUGAUGCCCGGACAGCCUGGCAUGCCCUCCUCGGGCCUCCCACAGGGGCCUCCCGGCAUGGGACAGCCGCCCAUGGCCCCCGGGCAACCUCCAAAUGGUCCUCAUGCUGAUCCAUCCAUGGUUCGACCCACUGGACCCAACCAGAUGGUCAACAGGAUGCAGAACCCAGGAGGAAUGAACCAGUUUAGUCAGAUGGGGAUGCAGUCGAUGGGCCAGAGGUCGACCCCUCCUCUUCCUCUUGGUGCUCCAAUGAAUCAGAUGGGUAUGGGAGCAGCGAGGAUGGGUCAGCCCAAUGUGGCUCAGCUACAAAACCAGUAUCUCCCUCCAGGACAGUUUCCUGGGUCCAGUCCAAGUCUCAGCUCUGGCCCCGUUGGCAUGAACCAACCAGGGGCUCAGGGAGGCAUGCCACCGCAGAGCCAGAUGUCUACACCGCCCUCCCUCCCAGCCAGCAGCCCUGCCUCCCAGUCAGGCUCUGCCGCCCCUGGAGCCCCUGGAAGCUCCAUGGGGCCUGGUAGUGUAGGUGCCGUGCCUCCACCCAACUUGCCCCCGUCCUCCAACUCUGCCCAGCCCAACUCCCACCCUCACUGCCCACCCAUCCGAACCAACUCUCCUUCGCCAGCGCGCAGCCUCACACCUCAGCCCCACCAGACGCCCCCCACGUUACCCGGCUCACAGACCCCACAGCCACAGACGCCCAACCCACCCCAGCUGCCCCCUCCACAGCCACCGCAACAGCAGCAGCAGCAACAACAACAACAGCAACAACAACAACAGCAGCAGCAGCAGCAACCACUGCAACAGCAACAAGCUUUGCAGCAGCAGCAGCCAAUGAGCCAGGGGAUGAACUCUGAGAAGACCAAUCAGCUUCAGCAGCAGGUGCAUGGGGGUGUGGCCUCCACGGGCCCCCAGGCUCAGUCAGUGCCUACCCAGAAUGCUCAUGUGCCAUCGCAGCUCCCGCGAACCCCACUGUCUCAGAAGUCUUCUCUGACAGCCGAUGGUCAGGUUUCCACUCCCGCAUCGGUCGGUAGCAGCGCUGAUCCCAGCUCCCAGCUCACCACAGCGGACGGCCCGGCUCCCAGCCAGGGAGAAGUAAAGAUGGAGGUGAAGAAGCAGGAGGAAGAGGAAGACGAAGAGGCUGAAGCCCAGGGAGAGGGCAAGGCCUCAGGGAAGAUGGGCAAGGGUCAGCCUGACAUGAAGACUGAGGAGAAACCAGAGAUAAAGAAAGAAAAGCCAUCAGGAGAUGGGUGUAAAGGUGAGCCCAUGGACACGUCUUCGUCUUCCACUUCGUCGUCAUCAGCAGCACCAAGCGAAGAGAGGAAGCCGGAGGUGAAGAAGGAGGCCAAAGAGGAAGAGGAAGGUUCAGGGUCAGCGGUCAUCAACAGCUCCCCAGCCAGCGCUCAGCCCAAGAAGAAAAUCUUUAAGCCGGAGGAGCUGCGCCAGGCCUUGAUGCCUACCCUGGAGGCUCUGUACCGGCAGGACCCCGAGUCCCUUCCCUUCCGUCAGCCGGUGGACCCCCAGUUACUGGGAAUACCCGACUACUUUGACAUCGUGAAGAACCCCAUGGACCUGUCGACCAUCAAGCGCAAGCUGGACACGGGGCAGUACCAGGAGCCGUGGCAGUACGUGGAAGACAUCUGGCUGAUGUUCAACAACGCCUGGCUGUACAACCGCAAGACGUCCCGCGUCUACAAGUACUGCUCCAAGCUGGCCGAGGUGUUCGAGUCCGAGAUCGACCCUGUCAUGCAGGGCCUGGGAUACUGUUGCGGGAGGAAGCUUGAGUUUUCCCCCCAAACUCUAUGCUGCUAUGGAAAACAAUUAUGCACCAUCCAACGCGACGCUGCUUAUUUUAGCUACCAGAACAGGUACCACUUCUGUGAGAAGUGUUUCAACGAAAUCCAGGGCGAGAGCGUUUCCCUGGGAGACGACCCCUCCCAGCCUCAGACGUCCAUCAACAAAGACCAGUUCCAAAGGAAGAAGAACGACACACUCGACCCUGAGUUGCUCGUGGAAUGUAUUGACUGCGGUCGUAAAAUGCACCAGAUCUGUGUCCUGCAUAAUGACACCAUAUGGCCGUCAGGCUUUGUGUGCGACAACUGCCUGAAAAAGGCCAAUAAGACACGGAAAGAGAACAAAUACGCAGCCAAAAGGCUUCCUCAGACCAAGUUGGGGAGCUUCUUGGAGACACGAGUGAACGACUACCUCAAGCGGCAAAGCCACCCUGACUCCGGCGACGUCACCAUCCGCGUGGUCCACGUCUCGGACAAGGUGGUGGAGGUGAAGCCGGGUAUGAAGUCCAGGUUUGUGGACAGCGGAGAGAUGGCAGAGUCCUUUCCAUACAGGACGAAAGCCCUGUUUGCAUUUGAGGACAUCGACGGAGCGGACGUGUGUUUCUUCGGCAUGCACGUUCAGGAGUACGGUUCUGACUGCCCGCCGCCCAAUCAGAGAAGAGUUUACAUCUCUUACCUGGACAGCGUGCACUUCUUCCAGCCUCGCCACCUCCGCACGGGCGUCUACCAUGAGAUCCUGAUAGGCUACCUGGAAUACGUCAAGAGACUGGGGUUUACAACAGGGCACAUCUGGGCCUGUCCGCCCAGUGAAGGGGAUGACUACAUCUUCCACUGUCACCCAGUGGACCAGAAGAUCCCCAAGCCAAAACGUCUGCAGGAGUGGUACAAGAAGAUGCUGGACAAGGCUGUGGCCGAGCGCAUUGUCCACGACUACAAGGACAUCUUCAAGCAGGCGACAGAGGACCGGCUGACCAGUGCCAAGGAGCUGCCAUACUUUGAGGGAGACUUCUGGCCCAAUGUACUGGAGGAGAGCAUUAAGGAGCUGGAGCAGGAGGAGGAGGAGAGGAAAAGGGAGGAAAACAGCACCUCCAACGAGAGCAUAGAUGCCACAAAAGGAGACAGCAAGAAUGCCAAAAAGAAGAACAAAAAGACGAGCAAGAACAAGAGCAGCCUGAGCCGAGCCAAUAAGAAGAAGCCAGGGAUGCCCAAUGUCUCCAACGACCUUUCCCAGAAACUUUACGCCACCAUGGAGAAACACAAAGAGGUGUUCUUUGUCAUCCGUCUCAUCGCUGGCCCCACCGCCAACUCGCUGCCCCCCAUCACUGACCCGGACCCCCUGAUGGCCUGCGACCUGAUGGACGGCCGCGACGCCUUCCUGACACUGGCGAGGGACAAACAUCUGGAGUUCAGCUCUCUUCGGAGGUCCAAGUGGAGCUCCAUGUGCAUGCUGGUGGAGCUGCACAACCAGAGCCAGGACCGCUUCGUCUACACCUGCAACGAAUGCAAACACCACGUGGAGACCCGCUUCCACUGCACUGUCUGCGAGGACUAUGACUUGUGCAUCACCUGCUACAACACUAAGGGCCACGAGCACAAGAUGGAGAAGCUGGGGCUUGGUUUAGACGACGAGAGCAACAAUCAGGCAGCAGCAGCCACCCAGAGCCCCGGAGACUCCCGCCGCCUCAGCAUCCAGCGCUGCAUCCAGUCACUGGUCCACGCCUGCCAGUGCCGCAAUGCCAACUGCUCUCUUCCAUCCUGCCAGAAGAUGAAGCGUGUUGUCCAGCAUACAAAAGGCUGCAAGCGCAAGACCAACGGCGGCUGUCCUAUUUGCAAGCAGCUCAUCGCUCUGUGUUGUUACCACGCCAAGCACUGUCAGGAGAACAAGUGUCCUGUUCCAUUCUGUCUGAACAUCAAGCACAAGCUCCGGCAGCAGCAGCUCCAGCACCGACUCCAGCAGGCCCAGAUGUUGAGGAGGAGGAUGGCCAGCAUGCAGAGGGUGGGGCAGCCAGCAGGAGGGCCACCAGGCGGGCCUGUUGGAGGUCUUCCAUCACCAGGGAACAACGGCACCACAGCACCCAGUACCCCUACAUCUGUUGGCACCCAACCGCCGACACCCCAGACCCCAACUCAGACCAUGCCUCCAGGUCCGCAGCAGGGAAUGGGCCCCGGGCCUGGUGGCCAGCAGACCCAGCAGCCAGGUGGGAUGCCGCCGCAAAGCGGCAUGCCUCCUCAGCACCACCUCCACCACCAGUUUCAGCAGAUGCCAGGUGGAGCAGGCGGGGCAGGGGGGAUAAUGAGCUCUCCCCAGCAUCAGCAGCAGAUGCUUCCUCAGGUCCAGCAACAGCAGCAAGGUGGAGGGGGCGCCACUCCUCAACAGCUCCAGCAGCACCCAAACAGUUUGCCUCCAUAUACCGCCAGACCCCCCGGCUCCUCCCCAAUUCACCAGUCCCAGGGCAAGCCAGGUCUGGGGCCCGCAACACCGCCCCAGCAGCAGCCUGGUGGCAACGCCAUGGUUGGAGGUGGAGGGGGCCAACAGCCCCCCAACCCGAGCCAGGGUCAGCCUCCUCUGCCACAACAGCAGCAGCAGCAGCAGCCGCAAUCCGGCCCUCCUCCUGCUGCUGUCGAAAUCGCUAUGAAGAUCCAGCAGGUAGCCGACGCUCAGAGGAAGAUGGCCCUGCAGAGACAGGCAGCUGCAGGCAUGAUGCCCCCUCACCCUCACCACCAACAGGCUCAAGGCCAGCAGAUGGGAAUAGGCCACCCAGGGCCAGUAGGGAUGGUUGGUGCACAGGGCAUGCCACCUCAGGCCCAGGCAGCUGCAGCAGCUGCCAGGGCACACAUGGAGCAACAGCAACAACAGGGAGCUCCACCAGGGAUGAUGGUUGGGGCAAGUGGGCCCAUGCAGCAGCCGCCUCAGCCGGGUAACCUGCCCCAGGGCCAGCUCCCUCCUCAGGUGCAGCUUCAGCAGCAGAGGAUGGGUGCUCCUCUCCAGAACCCUCAGCAGCAGCAGCAGCAGCAGCAGUGGGCCGGCCAGGCGAUGCCACCCCAGCAGAGGCAGGCUAUGAUGAGCCAGAUGGGGCAUCCAGGCAUGGUGGCAGCUCAGCAGCAACAGCAGCAGCAGCAGCAGCAAAUGCAGCAGCAGCAGCAGCAGCAACAGCAAGCUCAGGGCCAUGCUGCCUUGAUGAACAUGGUGCAGCAGCAGCAACAAGGUGCUGGUGGUGGGGUACCAGGUGGAGCUGUGCCUGGAGCCCAGGGGGUUCAAGGGGCUGGUGCUGGUGGAAACCUCCCACAGGCUGCCCUUCAGGAGCUGCUGCGGACACUCCGCUCACCCAGCUCACCACUCCAGCAGCAGCAGGUCCUCAACAUCCUGCGUUCAAACCCCCAGCUUAUGGCUGCUUUCAUUAAGCAGAGGGCUUCCAAGUACAAGGGGGGGCAGGGGCCCCCUGGUGGGCCAGGAGGUCCUGGUCCCGCAGGGGUCCCUGUCGGUAACGUCAUGCCCGGUGGGGGCCCACAGGUGAACUUAAAUGCUGCAGGUGCUGGGCAGCCAGGAAUGCACAUGGGGGGUCAGGGAGGGGUGAAUGUGAACAUGGCCUCGAUGGCCCAGCUGCAGCAGGUGCAACAGCAGCAGCAACAGCAGAGGCCGAUGCUGAGUGGAUUACAGCAGCAGCAAGUGGCAGCUCUCCAGCAGCAGCAGCAACAGCAGCAGCAGCAAGGAGGAGGAAGAGGGAUGCAGGGCCAAGGACCACAGAUGGCAAACCUUAACAAUCCCCAGUUUAGAGAGCUGCUGAUGAGACGGCACCUCCAACAACAACAACAACAACAACAGCAGCAGCAACAACAACAAAUGGGAGUCAACCAUGGUCAGUUCCAGCAGCCACAGCCACCACAGGGCCAGGGCUACAUGGGCCAGCCUGGAAUGCAGCCUCCCCAGGCAGGGCAGGGCCCACCUGGAGGUCCCCCUCUGGGUCCUCAGCAGCCUGGUGGUCCCCCAGGCCAGCAGGGGCAAGGUUACCCAGGAACAGUGGCCCAGCAGCAGGCUGCAGCUGCACUGCAGCAGAGGCUCCAGCACCAGCACCACCUCCAGAUGCAGCAGCAAAACGCCAUGGCUGGCCUGCCAGUGGGUGAUGGAGGUCCAGGAGGAGGGGGUAUGGGUGGCCCCCAGCAGACACCUCAGGGCCCUCAGCCCCCUCAAGGCGGCCCCCAGCCUCCAUCGUCCCAGGCUCUACUUCAGCAGGCCAUCCACCAGAGGCUGCUGCAGCAGCAGCAACAGCAUCUGGGCACUGGAGGAUCACCAGCCCAGCACAGCAACCCCAUGAGCCCCCAGCAGCCUCAGCAGAUGGCCCAGUCACCACACCCUCACCUGCAGGGUCAGACGUUGCCCACGUCUCUGGCUAACCAGGUGCGAUCCCCACAGCCCUCACCCAGACCGCAGUCCCAGCCCCCACACUCCAGCCCCUCUCCGCGCAUGCAGCCUCAGCCCUCCCCGCACCACAUCUCCCCACAGACGCAGACGGGUUCCCCGCACCCAGGCCACCUGAACCAGCACCACCCGGGCAUGGUGGUUCCGCCUCAACAGCAGCAGCAGCCACCGCCGGCGGCCCAGCAGCAGCAACAGAACUCUAUGGAGCAGUUUGGGUCGGAUCAGAGCGCCAUGCUGUCCCAGCUGAGCGGGAUGGCUGGUCUACACGGGCCUGGGGGCAACAGCCAAGACCCACUGGGCCAGAACAUGAAUCACAACACCUUAGACAUCAUGUAAGGAUUCUACUUAACGUGUCAAGUUGAGCCGAAAUGCUCUGUGAUCCUUCGCAGAAACUGCACUCACCCAGGACAGUGUUAUUGUUAUUACUUAGCCUUUCUUUUUUAUACUAUUAUUAAAUGUUAUUUAAAAUGUUUUCAAUAAAGAUGCAUUGAACUGAACUUCCUAUGGGAGAUGUAACAAUAAAUCAUCCAGUCGAUAAAUAAAUUAGAAUAAAUGAAUUGUAAGUUAUUGCUGUUAAUAUAUUUUUUUGCCAAUUGUGUACAAAGAGGGGGAUGGUUUCUCUACACCCCCAACCCCCUUAGAGAAUACAAGACAGGUGAUAUUUUUGGGGGGAAAUGGGAGUAUUUGCCUUUUUUAAGAAAUGUUUUUAAGAUUUUAAAAGUGGUGAAGAAUUAAAGAGGAAAUGAUUUAAUGCAAAGGACUUUUUUAUGUUUUGUUGUUUUCCAUCAUUCAAUCUGUCCUAUCGGUUUUUCAGAGUGAUGUGGAUUAUUAUUAUUAAUGUUAUUGUAAAUCCAAACAUGAUGCAUAUCUUCCUUUUUGAAAUGUUUGGGUUUGCUUUAUUUAUUUUUUGUUUUCAAUUUUUUUUUUUUUUUUUGUUUGUUUUUUUUUUUUUUCCUUUGGUUGGUAUGUACCCUGAGACUGCUACAAUUCGUAUAGAAAUAUAUUUUUGUUAUUGACUGUUGAAAUGUGGGGUGGUGGAUAUAUCAUUUUCACUUAUGAUGUAUUUACUUGGGUCUGUCCAGUUGAGAAUAAUUAAAUGUCAGUGUUUUUUUUUUGUUUUUUUUUUGUUUUUUUCCCCCAAUGGUUGAGGGCCUUCUGCGAGUUUCAGUUGGCGAACGGACAUUUUGUGACGCACCAGCCAGCCAUUGUAUCGGACAUCUGUCGUGCUGGAAGGAACUUCCCUCACAAAACACGCAAGCCCUCUCCCUCGAAUGUGUGUGUACACUCCUUCCUUUAAAGACACUUAAAUAUUGAGCUGUAGAGGCUUGGCGGGGGAUGGGGGGGUGCAUACCUGUGUGCCUGUAACAUUUCGAGUACAUGAGGUGGGAUGUGAAAAAACUGGGGGGGCAUCCACCAGUGUUCUUAGGAUUCUACUGUUUAGAGUAAAUGGAGGAAAUUGAUCCAAACGGACUGUGUUGCACAGAACUGAGGGGAAAGGGUGAGAUGUGAUCAAUCUCUCCGUAUCUUUCCGCCUCGUCCCCUUUGCUGCUUCCCUUGGACUGUAGCCCCCGCCCCCAAAACGCGCUGGUCCUCUGCACCCCUCCCCUGUACACCCCCUGCCCCCCCCAAACUCCAUCCUCUCAAUUUAUCUUUCUGGUAAGAACUUUGGGAGUUUAAUUUAAUAUUUUUUACUGUACAAAGGAAACACAAACUGUGGACUCAAAUACUGUUUUUAUAAUAAAAUGAAAAUUACCAAUA